AUGGAGGCGGCGGAGCUGCGGGAGCUGCGGGCGUUGGUGGAGCGGGCGGGCGGGCGGCGGGCGGUGCUGCUGGUGGCCGAGGUGGUGGCGGACGGCGCUCCGGCGGCGGCCACGUUGGCGUCGUUCGCCCGGGAGCUGCUGGGCGACGAGGCUCCUCCGGGGCAGGGGGUGGAGCCGGGAUGCCCGUCCCGGUCCCGAUGCCGGCGGCGGGAACUGGGGGCCCGGCUGCUGCUGGUGCUGUGCCGCGGAGGAACGGCGCGGGGCCGCGGGAGCCGUGCGCGGCUGCGGGAGGUGGUGCGGGACGUGCGGGGCCGUUUGCCUCGGGGGCCGCCGCCCGCCGUCGUCGGCGUUCUUCUGCCCGGUGGGGACGGGGAGGACGCGGCGGUGCUGGACGCGACGCUGCGGCGGCACUUCCCGGCGGCGGGCACCGUGCAGGCGGCGCGUUACAGCCCCGGGAGUCCCGCAGCGCUGCGGGAAUGCCGCACCGCCGCCUGCCGAGCUCUGCGGGCCGCCCUGCAGCACCCCGCAGAGGAGGGGAAAGAGAGGGAAAGGUGGAGGAUGCCUGCCCUCCUGCAGUGCAUCUCUUGGAGCCGGAGGAGCCAGAGAAAAGGCCACGUGUCAAAAGCUGCCAACAAUGUCCAUGAAGACAACUUGCAGGACCCCCAAGAGGUGGCUCUGACCAGUCUGUCUCCCAAUGGAAACUAUGAAGAUGCUGCUGGAGGUGUGGGCACCUAAAGCUGUGGGCACCUGAUGUGAUCCCUGUCCCGGUUCUGCCUGGCUGGUGUGGAGCAGUAGAAGGAGCAGCUGUGCCCACUCACCCUCAGAGAGCCCACAGAUUUCACCAAGGUCUUCUGUGGCUGCCAACAGCCUCUGAGCUCCAUGACAAAGCCACCCCCUGCCUAUGGGGCUGUGCUGGUGGACACUGGGCUUUGGAUGAGCCCUUUAGGAGUGUAUCCUCCAUCCUGGGCAAGGUGACGUGGGGACUUCAGCUUCCAUCUGCCCAAACAAAGGGAAAUGAACAAAGCUCCCCACUGAGAUUGCUAGAGAUGGCCUCCCAGGCACAUGGAUUCUUCUGCCUUAUUUUUCUGCUUUAUUCUUUAUUCUGAAGCUGCUGACUUCUCUUUGAUCUGGGAAAAAAAAAAAAAAAAGACAAUUAAUGCAGUGGCAUGGAGAUUGCAAUGGGACUAAGUAUGAAGUCUUGUAUCUACCAGCCAGUUGAAAAGCUUGGAAACAUGUGAAUAACAUGAAGAAAUACAGCUCUGGACAGCAAGUACAACACAAAAGAUAUUCCUGGCAUUUGGAGCAGAGGGUGGUUCUGAGAGCAGGAUGUGUCCGUCUGUCCCAUCGUGGAGCUCGCAGACUGACUGACACAUUGCCCAUGCUGGAGGGAGGCAGACAGGACUGCGGUGUGCUUGGGGUGAGAUGGGGUACGGCACAGGUCUGUCGUACCUGGGACAUCUCCACAGCUGUGGUGGCAGCCACUUGAUAGAAGUGUUUAAACAUCACCUAUUUAAGCAGUUCCAAAGGGCUGCCUGUGGCCUGUGGGGCAGCAUGGAAUCAUAGAGUCACAGAACGGCUUGGUUUGGAAUAGACAUCAAAGUUCCAACCUCCUGCAGGGUUGCUUUAUGGGUGAUACGAUGUAAUGCUCAAAUACCUCUUUAAACUUUUAUUUUAAUGCAACAUAAAGCGGGUUUCAUUUUAUUUUUAGCACAAACAGCUGGGUUUUGUCUGUGCCUGGCUGUCCUCAGCUCCCCUCAGCUCAGGCAGAAGCUCCGGCCCGUCCUGCAGCCCCGCUCCAUGCUGGAUCGCAGCAGUGCUUCCUACAGUCAUAGAACUGAGUUAAAAGUGUCCCUUAAGGGCCUUCUGGCCCAACUCCCUGCACUGAACAGGGACACCAACAGCUCCAUCAGUGCUGAGCCCCGUCCAGCCUGACCUCAGCUGUCUGCAAGGACGGGGCGCCACCACCUCUGUGCAACCUGUGCCAGUGCCUUACUGUGAAAAACUACCUUCUGACAGUGCUGUUCUGCCCUUUGGGAGCAGGAGUGCUUUCCUGCAGGCCAUGGAGCACGGCCCUGCAUUAGCCCUGUGUUAGCCCAGCACUCUGACCUCCAUCCUUUCCCCACGCCGAAGUGCUGCACUGCGUUCUGUGCACCUCGAUGAUUUCCUAAUUGAAGGGCACUGUUAUUCCAAGUGCUGGCUGUAAUCAAUAAACACACUCAAUUUCUCAACUGGAA